GCCCGCGGGGACCGGCCGCAGCGCGAGGGCGCCGAGGAGGAGCAGCAUGUCCUUCCCGGGCAAGAAGAGCGCGCCCCGGAUCGCGAGUGACCGCCUGCUGAUCCGGGGCGGCAAGGUGGUGAACGACGACCAGUCCUUCCACGCCGACGUCUACGUGGAGGACGGCCUGAUCAGGCAAAUCGGAGAGAACCUCAUCGUCCCCGGGGGCAUCAAAACCAUCGAUGCGCACGGCCUGAUGGUCCUGCCCGGAGGGGUAGAUGUGCACACGAGGCUGCAGAUGCCCGUCCUGGGCAUGAGCCCCGCUGACGACUUCUGCCAGGGCACCAAGGCGGCCCUGGCAGGGGGCACCACCAUGAUCCUGGACCACGUGCUCCCCGAGGCCGGCGUGGGCCUGCUGGCGGCCUACGAGCAGUGGCGGCAGUGGGCAGACAGCGGGGCCUGCUGCGACUACUCCCUGCACGUGGACAUCCCCCGCUGGCACGACAGCACCAAGGAGGAGCUGGAGGCCCUGGUCAAGGACAAGGGUGUGAACUCCUUCCUGGUCUUCAUGGCGUACAAGGACAGGUGCCAGUGCACUGACGGCCAGAUGUACGAGAUCUUCAGCCUCAUCCGCGACCUGGGAGCCUUGGCCCAAGUGCACGCGGAGAACGGGGACAUCGUGGCGGAGGAGCAGAAGCGCUUGCUGGAGCUGGGCGUCACCGGGCCCGAGGGCCACGUGCUCAGCCACCCCGAGGAGGUGGAGGCGGAGGCUGUGUACCGGGCGGUCACCAUCGCCAGGCAGGCCAACUGCCCGCUGUACGUCACCAAGGUGAUGAGCAAGUCAGCGGCCGACCUGGUCGCCCAGGCCAGGCGCAGAGGCGUGGUCGUGUUCGGGGAGCCGGUGACCGCCAGUCUGGGCGCUGACGGGUCCCACUACUGGAGCAAGAACUGGGCGAAGGCCGCCGCCUUCGUCACCUCGCCCCCCAUCAACCCGGACCCCACCACUGCCGACCACCUCACCUCCCUGCUGUCCAGCGGGGACCUCCAGGUGACUGGCAGUGCCCACUGCACCUUCACCACGGCCCAGAAGGCUGUCGGCAAGGACGACUUCACGCUCAUCCCCGAGGGCACCAACGGGGUGGAGGAGCGCCUGUCGGUGGUCUGGGAGAAGUGCGUGGCUUCGGGGAAAAUGGACGAGAACGAGUUCGUGGCCGUGACCAGCACGAAUGCUGCCAAAAUCUUCAACUUUUACCCAAGGAAGGGGCGCGUGGCUGUGGGCUCCGACGCAGACCUGGUGCUCUGGAACCCCAGGGCCACAAAAAUCAUCUCCGCUAAGAGCCACCACCUGAACGUGGAGUACAACAUCUUCGAAGGCCUGGAGUGCAGAGGGGCCCCCGCGGUGGUCAUCAGCCAGGGCCGCGUGGUGCUGGAAGACGGGGUCGUGUCUGCCACCCCCGGCUCUGGCCGCUUCAUCCCGCGGAAGACCUUCCCCGAAUUUGUGUACAAGAGGAUAAAAGCCCGGAACCGGCUGGCGGAGAUCCACGGCGUGCCGCGAGGCCUCUACGACGGGCCGGUGCACGAGGUGAUGGUGCCCGCCAAGCCCGGGGGCGGCGCCCAGGCCCGAGCGUCCUGCUCCAGCAAGAUCUCAGUCCCCGCCAUACGCAACCUGCACCAGUCGGGGUUCAGCCUGUCUGGCUCGCAGGCGGACGACCACGUGGCGCGGCGCACGGCCCAGAAGAUCAUGGCGCCCCCGGGCGGCCGCUCCAACAUCACCUCGCUGUCCUAGCCGGCUCGGCCAGCUGGGCCGCCAAGGGCCGUCUCCCCGCCGCUCCCCUGAGUUGUUCUGAACUUUGGGCCUUGCCGUCCCCCCCAGAAACCCUCCUUUUGGGGUCCCAGGUCGUGUGUGCAGAGGCCCUGGGGGGGUUGCCUCGGGGGGGCCACUGCCAGGGUGAGGCGCAGGGACAGCUCGAGUGGCCGGGCCUGGGCGCUGGGAGACACCCGUGGGCGGAGAGGCCGUCCCACCCUCAGCCCCGCGGGGCCGGCCGGGCAGUGUGAGCAUCCACGGCCAAGGCGCAUCCCGCUCCGCCGCGGCCAGUGUCCUCCGAGCCUCUUGUCGGGCGAAGUGGCGCCGUCUGGAGUGAAUUAAAGGCUUGGCAGCUGCUGGUGUGUGGAGUCGCGACUUCUCU